CAGCCUGCUCCGGGCGCCGUCGGGGGCUACCUGCGCCGCCAGCCUGACUGGGGAGGCAGAGGAGGCCGAGGGGUCCAGGGUUGCUGCCCGCCUGGAUUUUGCCAGGACUCUGGCAGGCCUUUCUAGUGGCCUUUGCCACCCCCACCCUGCCACGUGCAGAGCCACGAGCUGAGGCCACUUCCCCUUCCCUGCCCCUCCCCCAGGCCGCCUGGACGCACAUCCUGUCCUGGGCCAAGGGGGCAGGCUGGGGGCCCUUGAGUCACUGUGGCCUGGGGCAGACCCACGCGCAGCCACCAAGGCUGCAGCCCGCCUGAAGGUGAGCCGGGAGGGAUGGGUGGUCAGCCGGGUGGGCCUUCUGAGGGUGGGCAGAGGGCUGCCUGGAGGAGGGGCCCAGGCCCCACCCCUGCUCCAGCAGGCCCUGUUUACUUGGCACAGAGCGGGAAGAGCCUCCCACCCUCACUGCAGCCCAGUGGACAUUCCUGGGAUUCCGAGAGCACUGUGGCUCUGGGCGGAGCAGGGCCUCUCCCCGCCCCUGCCUGCAGCUCCUCACUCCCAGGAGGGACCAUGGGAAAUGCAUGGCAGCGGGGGCCAGCCCAGCGCUGCCCCCAUUCACGGCUGGCUGGGGCCCUCUGGCCUAGCAGCUAGACCUGGAGCCCCUGCAGAGCUCGGAGAGCUGCGGCGCGGCGGCAUGGCGCGCGGCUGCCUGCGGGCCGUCAAGUUCCUCAUGUUCGCCUUCAACCUGCUCUUCUGGCUGGGCGGCUGCGGGAUCCUGGGCGUGGGCGUGUGGCUGGCCGCCACGCAGGGGAACUUCGCCACCCUGUCCGCCUCCUUCCCGUCCCUGUCGGCCGCCAACCUGCUCAUGGUCACCGGCGCCUUCGUCAUGGCCAUCGGCUUUGUGGGCUGCAUCGGGGCCAUCAAGGAGAACCAGUGCCUGCUGCUGACCUUCUUUGUGCUGCUGCUGCUGGUGUUCCUGCUGGAGGCCGCGGCCGCUGUGCUCUUCUUCGCCUACACUGACCAGAUCGACAGGUACGCCCAGCGAGACCUGAAGAAGGGGCUGCACCUGUACGGCACGCCAGGCAACGUGGGCCUCACCAACGCGUGGAGCAUCAUCCAGACCGACUUCCGCUGCUGCGGGGUCUCCAACUACACCGACUGGUUUGAGGUCUACAACGCCACGCGUGUGCCCGACUCCUGCUGCCUGGAGUUCAGUGAGAGCUGCGGCCUGCACGCGCCCGGCACCUGGUGGAAGGCGCCGUGCUACUCGACGGUGAAGGCGUGGCUCCAGGAGAACCUGCUGGCCGUGGGCAUCUUUGGGCUGUGCACGGCGCUGGUGCAGGUGGCAAAGGCGGACGCCUCCUGCGGGUAGAUGCCUCCCGCCGGCUCUGCUGCACAGGACCAGUCACCAGAAGCCACUGCCUGCCCACCAGACUUGGCCAACCAGCGUGGGGGUCCUGACUCAGCUGGGCGCGUGCUCUGGCCAGAGGCUUUGUCACUUUCCACACCCACAUCCCCACGGCAGCGUCCCCACCCGCCCGGCCCUGGCUAGGCAGGGUCCCGGUGCUCAAGGCGGGCUGGGGCCCCACCGAGGACCACACCCCGCCAUACCUCUCUACCCCCAUCCUGGCUCCCCCAUCCAGCCAGCUCGCCCCAGUGUCGCCCACACUUUUUAUUCCUGUUUGUCUGGGACUUUGCCCGCCUCCCGUGUAUGGAUUUUGCAAAUAAACUGGGCUGUCUGGGCUCAGGGAGAGACGGUCACUGCAUCAAACCAGCUCCCAGCCCGGAGGGGGCUGGGGGCUUCUCACUCGUGAGGAGCAUCUGCUCUAGUUCCCAGCUCUCCCUGCGGCGGCACCCGCUCUCCACCCCCCACUGCCAUGACCCGCCCGCACACCAUGAGGCCUCAGGCCCUCAGCACCUGGCCUGGCUGGAGAGACGGAUGCGUGCAACCUGAGACCAUCCUGGCU